AUGCACAACCUGGUGCGUAAGAAUUUUGAAUGUUUUGACAAGCUUUUAAUGUUAGCUCAGUUGUAUGUACAACUAUCACCUGAUAAUUCCUUGAUAGUUGCUCCUGCAAAGUCACAAUGUGAUUUCCAAUGUAAUAAUACUUCGGCAUCUGAUUCUCCACCGCAUAGAAUUUCAUCUAGUCCAAUAUCAACCAGUUCCUUGUGCUCGCCGAGGUCUAUUCCCAGCGGGAGACUGUCGUACGCUUCAAAUGGCAACACUGGACUCCGAAGAUGCAAAGCUUUGUACGACUGCGCAGCUGAUAAUGAUGAUGAACUGUCAUUCCAGGAAGGGGAAAUAAUUAUAGUCAUCAAUGAGCACACAGACGAUGAUAACUGGAUGGAAGGAAUGGUGGAAAAUGAACCAGAUAGAACAGGAAUGUUUCCUAUCAGCUUCGUACACAUGCUGCCCGAUUAA